AUGUCGCCAGAUGUCAAGAACGCGUUGUCAUACUCGUCGCUGGGAAGCGACCAGUGGGAGUGGGAGCAGUGGGCGCUGCCGCCGACCACUUUCAACGCGACCGAGUCGGCCGCCUACCGCGGCCCGGGCCCGCGCGUCGGCGCCUCGCUGUGGAGGGACCGCGCCGGCCGCUCCUGGUGGCUGUUCGGCGGCCGGCAGAGGGCGGCGCACGCCGGGGACGUCCUCAAGGUCUACUCCGACCUGUGGCGGUACGACGUGGCGGAGACGCGCCGCUGGUCGCGGGUCUUCCCCAGCGACGACGGCCGAGCCAAGGCCAGCGGCAUCGUGAUGCUGCGCGCCUGGCUGCAGUCCGCAUUCGCCGCCGGCAACAGAUCAGGCAUCGUGCUGUGCGGCAGAAGCGAGGCGCGCCGGCCGGAGGACCGCUCGCUGGCGGUGUACGGGGCGCGCAGCGGGCGCAGCGACACCGUCUGGCAGAUGGAGCUGAAGGACGGCCUGUGGACGGCCUACGUCUGCUGCUGCGACUCCACCGACCGCAGCGACGAGGGGCACCCGCGCCGCCACCGCGGCCAGGACCCCAGGGAGUUCCCGCGCGCCGCCCUGCCCGCCGACGACGACAACAACACUCAGGACAAUGCACUGCCCGGAACUAGAGGCACCAACGCUUCUGCUGUGGAGGAGCACACGGGCCCUUGGAUAGAGCAGCAGAGGCCGUCGCUGGCCCCGAGGAACCGCGAGGAGCGGCCGCCAGUCAAAAACUCUGCCGGCACGGAGGAGGGGGCAGAGGCGGGGGCGGAGGACAAGGAGGCUGCGGAGUGGCGGGCGCGCCCCGGCAAGCGGCCCCCGGGCAGCGUGCAGCCCGCGCCGCUGCUGCCGCCCAGCAGCGUGUCCAGAGGCGCUACCACGGCGACAUCUUCCAGCGCGGCCACCGCUACGCGGCUGAGCACGGCUGCCACCACACCCGCGGACUGCGAGUUCUCUGACGAGGACGAGCCCCCGCCGUGCGCGCACCACCAGCGCCCCGAGGCGGCUCCCGCCCCACUGCCGCGGCCCCCGCAGCCCCAGCAGCAGCAGCAGGCCUUCUGCCCGGACUUCGACAGCCAGGAGCGCUCCGGGGUGCCAGGCGCGCAGCCCAUAGCGUGGUGCGACACCCGCCGCGAGCUGUUGGCAGCCCUGGACCUGCGCGGCUCGCCGCUGCGCCUCUGGCAGUUCGACCUCAGGACUUCGCACUGGACGCAGCACCAGGUGCUGGUGGAGAACGGCUCGCUGUGGCCGGGCUGCGCGGACGGCAGCGCGCGCCACGCGUCCAGCGGCGACGCGGUGUACGUGGUGUGUGCGCCGUACGGCUCGUCCUUCCCGACGUCGACGCGCCUCGUCUACCAGCUGUGGGGGGCGACGGGAGCGGGGCCCGGCGCCAUACGCGCCCUGGGGCAGCUGCAGCUCGACGCCGCCUUCGAGGAGCCGGCCGGCGCCAACAUCUGGAUGGACGAGACGCGCACCGUGCUACAGGCGGGGGAGAUCGGCGGCUCGCGGACGCUGCUGCUGGUGGCGUACAAGGACACAGUACACCUCUGGCUGAGGGAGCGCGCCGGCGGCUUCUGGCCCGUCGAGCUCAAGUGGCAGGGCGCCGCCUAUAAGUGGUUCCGCUCCUUCAGCUCACCACUCUACCACUUCAGCAUCAUGGGACACCCCUGGGUCAUGCCCAACCCCAGGGAUUUGCAGGCGCAGGACUAUUGGCCAGUGGAGCGGGGCCGCUUCGUGGUGCGCAUCGUGGACCCUAGCGACGCCAACGCGUCUCCGCACGGCGAGGUGCACGUGGCGCCUCCCCCCGCACUGCCGCCGCCGCCGUCGCUGCACGUGUCGCCCCCUCUGGCGCAGCCGCCGGCGCAGCCCUCCAACGGCGUUAAGGCCAUCGUCUUCUUCGGCCUCUCGCUGUCCAUCUUCUCGGUCUUCGGCGCCGCCGUCUUCGUGCGCCGCUGCGUCACGUGUCCGCCGGCGCGCCGCGACGCCGACUCGAAAGGCGUGGGCGGGCUGGCCGGCGUCGGAUUGGGCGGUGGCUCCUCCAAUCAGGCUCCAGUCGUGCGCUACAGCGCCAUCCCUGACGACCUCGGCUACCCUGCCGCCUAGCGGCCGCUGCCCGAACUCCGUGCGCCCCCCACGAAGCUGCGCGUGUGACGGGGCUGGCGUUUGGCGCUGCCUGUCUGUCAGGAUGCUAACUACUUGCUUGAGCCGUGACUGUUCCACGAACAAAUUUCUCUGCGGCCGAAUAAGAACAAUGUAUUUACUUCGGACUUUUGUCUUCUAAAACUUCACGUAUUGGUUUUUGUUGCUCUUCAAAAUAUACUAAUUGGGGUACUAAAUAUUUCUUCCUGUGAUAACAGAAAAAGCGCUGUUUGUUUUCUCAGUCCAGUUCCGAAGUUGGAACGAAACGUGUAAUUGCAUACAUUUCUAUACUGUGUGUUCACUUUUUCUUGAGCGCUAAUAUGAUUCUAUGGGUCUCGGAAAAACUAAGUUUCGCUCUCCAGAACGACUCCUAUGGGAAGAGGAGACAAUUAUUUUUCACUGCCUUUUACACAUUUCUGCCACUGCGUCUCUAUUUUGUAAUCCUUACUGAGCACACCCACAAAAGAAACGAACAUAACCUUUCCUUUCCGAGAAGGACUUAAUACUUGUGCCCAUAGUGAAAGAGCAACCUCUCCAUCAUAGGGUUCACAGCAAACAACAGAGCACAGCAUUCAAAUGACUGCAACAACGUUAUGUCAGAGAAUAAUGUUUUAUAGCUUAACUUAGCGUGGACUGAGAUGAAACAUUAGCAGCCCAACGUCUUCCGAACUAAGCCGACAAAAAAAAAAAUAAAAAAAUACCUAAGUGAAAUAUCUACCGAUUCCGAAUAAGGGCCUGAGCGCACAAGCAAAAAUGAACUGGAUGUAGAUAUGUAUGUGUGAAACUACUAAUGCCAUAUCUAUCGACACCUUUAAAUGCUGUGAUUCGCGAUAUUUAGCAACACUGUUUACGUCUACGGUAUUUUUCGUUGUAGUCUUCCCAUUUUAAACACGAAAAGGACAAAGGAGAAUGCUUGUUCACCAUGUCCAAUAAAGAUAUGUUUGUUGUUGUUUAUAUUAUUAAACUGUUUAGAGACUAACUCAAAAAGAUUAGCUGCUUCAGUGUUUUCACCUAUUUCUUGCAGUUAAAUAUUGAAACAAACUGAAUCAAAUACGAAGUUGUAAUUCAUGGACAAAGAUUUCAUAUCGUAAUAUUGUCACCUAUGGUAAAACUAAUAUAUAUAUAUGUGUGGUAGGAACUGGUAUGGUUUAUUAUCCAUACAUAUCAUAACCUACGAAUUGCGAUCAUGGAUCAGUUAUAAAUACAAAUUUUGGUAAUUUUAU